AUGCCUAACACCAUCGUCGACUUCUCGAAGCUCUUCAGCCACCUGUCAUAUGAUGGACUUGUCGACAUCAAAGACCAGUGGCUGCCCCCAAAACCCGAGUUCACCGAGGCCAAUGUGGCGCGUCAAGAUGGCCGGGUCUUCAUUGUCACUGGCGGCAACUCAGGCAUUGGCUUGGCCCUGAUCAAACUGCUGUACCCUACCGGUGCAAAGAUCUAUCUAGCCUGCCGUUCUGAGGAGCGAGCCAGAGCCGCCAUCAAAGAAGUCAUUGACGAAGCAGCCACCACUACCGGACACGGGUCGCUCGAGUACAUGCAUCUCGACCUCAACGACCUCACCACCAUCAAGGCAUCGGCAGCGUCAUUCGCUAGACAUGAGUCACGAUUGGACAUCUUGUGGAACAACGCCGGCAUCGCGGGAGCCCCGUCUGGGACCAAGACGAAGCAGGACCUCGAGGGACACAUCGGCGUGAACUGUGUGGGCCCGCUGCUCUUUACGCAGGAACUCCUCCCACAGCUCCGCGCGGCGGCAAAAUCAUCACCCCCCGGGGCCACCAGGAUAAUCUGGACUUCAUCCAUGAUUAUCGAGCGGUUUGCGCCACACGGCGGCCUCGAUCUGGCAGAGCUGGACCGCAUGAAUGCCGCAGGGACAGGAUCAGAGAAUGCGUCCGUAGACUAUGCGGUGAGCAAGGCAGGGAACUGGUUCCUUGCUGUUGAAGGGGCACAACGAUGGGGACCUGAGGGUAUCGUGAGCAUAACCCAAAACCCUGGUAUGAUCAACACCACAGUUUGGAAGCAUCAGCCCAACUGGCUUCUGGCUCUAAUGCAGCCAACAUUUUAUCCUGCAAUCAUGGGUGCAUAUACGAUGCUGUUCUCUGGUUUCUCCAAUGAAAUUAGACUUGAAUCAAACGGGGUAUACAUACUGCCCUUUGGGAGGCUACAGAAGAAGAGCGUCAGAGAUGAUAUUGUCAGGGCGAUUGGAGAUGGAAAAGCCAAAGAUUUCUGGGAUUGGUGCGAGAAACUGCACAAGCAGUAUUGCUGA